GGCUAUGGAGUCGAGGCGCACGAAGCUGGGCGCACAGGGCCUAGAGGUGUCGGCUCUAGGUCUGGGAUGCAUGGGCCUCUCCGCUUUCUAUGGCACACCGACGAGCGAUGACGCUGGGAUCGUCCUCAUCCACCACGCUUUCAAUUCCGGGGUCACAUUCUUCGACACGGCCGACAUCUAUGGCCUGUUCACGAAUGAAAUUCUGGUUGGAAAGGCAUUGAAGGAUCUCCCGCGCGAGAAAGUCCAGCUUGCCACAAAGUUUGGAAACGUUCCGGGAAAAGGCACGACUGUGAAUGGAACUCCCGAGUACGCCCGCAAAGCCUGUGAGUCCAGCCUCGAGCGACUUGGAGUGGACUAUAUCGACCUUUACUAUCAGCACCGCGUCGAUGCGCAAGUUCCCAUCGAAGAAACGAUGGGUGAGCUUAAAAGGCUCGUCCUAGAAGGGAAGAUCAAGUACAUUGGACUGUCGGAAGCGAGUGCCGACACCAUCCGGCGAGCUCAUGCGGUGCAUCCGAUCACUGCUGUCCAGCUGGAGUGGUCGCUUUGGACCCGUGAUGUGGAGGCAGAAAUUAUUCCCACCUGCAGAGAGCUUGGUAUCGGAAUCGUUCCGUACAGCCCUCUGGGACGAGGCUUCUUCUCCGGCAAAGCGAUUGUUGAGAAGCUACAGAGCAAUGAUUCCCGUCUCGUUCGACAGCCACGAUUCCAAGGCGAGAACUUUGAGAAGAACAAGGUUUUGUACGAGCGUGUUGCCGCUCUCGCAAGCAAGCACGGCUGCACCACAAGCCAGCUAGCACUGGCGUGGGUUUUAGCGCAAGGCAAGGACGUUGUUCCCAUCCCAGGAACAACAAAAGUUGCAAACUUUGAUGAGAACCUUGGCUCUUUAAAUCUCAAACUCUCCAAGGCGGAGAUUGACGAGAUCGCUGCUGCUGUCCCCGAAGAGGAGGUGGCUGGAACACGCUACCCGGAAGAACUCCUGAAGAGAACUUGGAUGUUCGUGGAUACGCCACCUCCAAAAGCUUGAGGUCAAAGUUCUAAGACCAAAGUUAAUCCUUUUUCGUUUCACUAUAAAAGACAGUGCCCAACUUUAGGUUUGGAAGAAGGCUCACUCGAGUGGGAGAUGGCGCUACUGGCACACAAGCAAGAGCAAGAGCUAAAGAAGUUAGCUUUCUUAGUUCUCAUGGCGAUACUUCUCCAAGCCUGCUUGGCAUCUCAGUAUUUUGUGUUAGACACUAGUAAUCCACAGAGCAUUGAGCCC